AUGAGUGCCAUUGAUGCAUCCGAAACAUCCACAUCGAAAGAGAUGACGUUCGCAGAAAAGCAAGCAGAACGAAUGAAGAGACUUCGCACAUUACACAAUGCUAGAAACGAAGCAAGGACACACAAUCAUCAAGAAGUCGUGGCUGAGGAGGCCAGGAAUAAGUUACCAGCGAACUAUGAAGCGAAACGGCGACAAGCAGAAUGGCUACUAGAAGACCAGAAGAAACGAGACGAAUCUGCAAAAGAAGGAAAGGAUUACGACAGGGUAAAGCUAUUAAAUGUAUCCGCAAUAGAAGCUGAAAGAUUAGAACGAAAGAAGAAGAAAAAGAACCCAGAUCAAGGGUUCUCAACAUAUGAACAGGCUACAGUGCGCCAAUAUAAUAGACUAGUAAAGAAUAUGCCAUCGGCUGACAUGGAAUUGUAUGAGCAACAGAAACAAAAGUAUGGAGAUGCAUUCUAUGGAGGGCCUAAUGUCAUCAUACAUGGUAUGCACAAAGAUAGGAAGGAAGCGGUUGACAAAAUGGUGGAUGAUCUUGAAGGACAAAUUGCUAAGAGGGCUAAGUACUCUAGAAGAAGGACUCACAAUGAUGAUGCAGAUAUUGACUACAUUAAUGAGAGGAAUGCCAAAUUUAAUAAGAAACUUGAGAGAUUCUAUGGUGAGCAUACAGCUGAAAUUAAACAGAAUUUGGAAAGAGGCACUGCAAUCUAA